AUGAGCCGUGAGUCCUCCAAGUAUUUGAAGCACCGACGUUUCGUUGUGAGUGCAUGCCUGGUGGUCUCGUCUUCCAUUUCGAGGCGUUCACUCUGUACAAGCCCUCCUAAAAAUGCCAGCACAGGUGGCAGACUUUGGCAGAGGAUUCCCUUGCGCCGCGGCUUGCUUCUUCCACAGCUUGGCUUUGGCACUGGGCGCCCAGGUGGUUCACGAGAGCCUCAGGUGACCCUUGAGGAUGGGCGCCGGAGACUGGUGGCAGCGGUGAAAACAGCCCUGCGGACUGGCUACCGCUUGGUGGACACAAGCUUGUUUUCAGGCAUGGAGACAGCAGUUGUGGAGGGCAUUCGUCAAUCCGGCGUUGAGCGGUCAGAGGUGGUGGUUGCGACGAAGCUCCUCCAGAUGGCGCACAACAGUUCGGAGGCGGUGCACGCGUCUGUAGAGAAUUCUUUGCGCAAUUUGAACUGCAGCUGCAUUGAUCUCUAUCUGCUGCAAAGCCCGCGGGCGGGCCGAAUUUUAGACGUAUGGCCUCAAUUGAUCCGCCUUCGCAAUGAAGGCCUGAUUGGUGCCUUGGGUGUGUCCAAUUUCGGUGCCCAUCAGCUGGAGGGCAUGAGGCAAUCUGGCCUGGAGCUGCCCGAGGUGAAUCAGGUGGAAGUCCACUGUUGGCGACAACUUCCUGCCCUCACAGAAUAUCACAGGACGCACGGGAUAGUCACCAUGUGCAUGGCACCACUGGCCAGGGGCGAGAUGUUUGGAAAGACCGAAGUGGCGACCAUUGCCCAAGAGCUCGGGCAAACAGAGGCAGCAGUUGCGGUCCGUUGGUGCUUGCAAAUGGGAUACAUACCCAUCCCAAGGUCUGUCCGAUCGUCAAGAAUUCUGGAAAACACUGCAUCCGGAUUUGAGCUUAGUGUCAGCCAGAUGGAGAGGAUUGGCCGGAUGAAUGUAGCUUAUGUUGCCUGUCGAAAGGCGUCUCCAUGUUGUGAGAUACCAUGGGAAGCUAUUGCUGAGAGUAUUCCAGACAAGUCAUUGUGGGAUGAGAGCAAGAAGCGCAAGGUUGAAGCUGCAGAACGGCGGAGCCAGCUGCAGGAAGAGCGAGCUCGGAAGGCCUUGGAGAGGAAACAGCAGCAAAUCCGAGCACAGGCUCAAUUUCUGGAGCACCUGGCUGCCUCCCAUGGCCGUGCGCUCACGGCUCCUGGAGGAAGGCUUGGAGGCGAGUCAGAGCAACUUGACAUGUUGCACCGUGCUUCGGCAGAUGGCCACUACGCGCGGCUAUCAGAGGCCCAGCAGCAACUGCAAUUGGUUUCCCUGGGCUCUUUCUGCGGAAUGAAGUUUUCUAUCCAGCGACUUGGACUUGGAGACGCUCAUCUUCCUUUUGAUUGGAUUCGGACGACCUCCCAGGGCUUGGAGCGCUUCCUCAAGCAUGGCUUUGAUGAUUUCUUUGUGGCUAAGAGAUACGAUCUGCCAGAAGCUGGGAUGAAAGUUCACCGGGCUGAGCAUCAUUCCUUUUGGCACGAUGAUGUGAGUCAGCCCGAAGUCCGAGAGAAACUCUUGCGUCGAGUGAAUCGUUUCCUGGGGCUGGCAGAGAAUACACCGGAGUCUCGGGAUUUGCUCUUCAUCAGAAGCUGCGCCUGCACCGAUGAACUGCGGGAAGCAGAGGCUCUUUAUUCUGCACUCUGUGGGCGCUUCACAGUGGGUCCAGGAAGGAGGUUGCUGCUUGCCAUGGUGGUGGAUGGUCAGGAGCGCUAUGAGGGCCCCAUUCUCCACGCAUUUUUGCCAGGCUUGGCCUUUUUUCUACAGCCGCUGGCGAAUGAGCAGGAAGGCACAGAUGGGAAGGCCUUCAGUUGGGCUGUCGGGGCUGCCUGCGAUGCUGCGCUGGCGGUGUGCGAAUUUGAAGGUGGGGAUACGUCAGAAAGAUCCGAAGUGGUGGAACGUCUCCAGCAGCAGCUCAACGCCUUGAAGCAGAAGACCUUCAAACUGAGGCGACUCAAGAAAGGUGAACGACAAGGUCUUCUUGACUCUGGAGCCACUCAUCCACUUCGACCUGUGAAGAAAGGUGAAGAUGUUGAAAGUUACAAGAGGGUUCAGGUAGCCCUAGCAGAUGGACAAAUCACCAGUCUCCCUAUCUCUCCAGGGGGAGCCAUGGUCUCAGUUGACGCCGACAUCGAGCCGAUCAUCCCAAUGGGGCUCCUGACUGAAAAGCUGGGAUGUUCCGUGAUUUGGUCAAGAAGUCAACUCAGGGUAGUCCACCCCUUGCGAGGAGAGCUGCCUGUUGAAGAUCAAGAUGGAUGCCCUCAGCUGCCACGACAAGUGGCCCUGGACCUCAUUGAGGAGCUCGAGAAGGUGAAGAAAGGAAUGAAGUUGAAGGAGGAGAAUGAUUUUGAAUGGGAGAUCAAGUGGAUGGAAGACUAUGUGAACGCCCAUCCCGUCUUGAGCAGACUCCCCAAGGAAGUGAAAGAAUCGCUGGUGGUCAAGCCGGGUGAAUGGUCAGAUCUCCCAGCCAACAGAAGAAAGCGAAAGGCCAUGAAACGAGAUGGCUAUGUAUGCCACUUGUACGCAGGAGCUGACGAAGGAUUCACCUUUGAAAGAGCCUGGAAGCAGAAAGGAGGUGAAGAACGAGAGCUCCUGGAGGUGGACAUCAAAAGAGGCCCAGGCCAUGACAUGCUCCUGGACCGAGGACCCUAUGCGGGACUAGUGAGGCUCUUAGCUUAA